CCUGACAAGCACGACAAGCACGGCAAGCAUGGCAAGCAUGACAAGCACGGCAAGCACGCGCAAGCACGACAAGCACGACAAGCGCGACAAGCACGGCAAGCACGGCAAGCCUGACAAGCACGACAAGCACGGCAAGCAUGGCAAGCAUGACAAGCACGGCAAGCACGACAAGCACAACAAGCACGGCAAGCACGACCAGCACGGCAAGCGUGCAAGCACGGCAAGCACCGACAAGCACGACAAGCGCGACAAGCACGGCAAGCAUGGCAAGCAUGACAAGCACGACAAGCACGGCAAGCAUGGCAAGCAUGACAAGCACGGCAAGCACGACAAGCACGGCAAGCACGUCUUCACCACCGGUAUUCUAACACCACUACAACCAACACUCCUAAAACAUGGCCUAACACAUCACAACAACCACUCCUUCAACAACGGCUACCACCACCACGACAUGCAUUGGUUCAACAACCGGACCUGUGUCAAAUACCUUCCACAAAUUCAAUAAUUGCAUCAACAAAUCUAUUCUUUUCGGAUGUAAUUAAUUACAGUUACAAUUACUUCAUUUGGAAAUGUAAUUGAUUACAAAUACAAUUUGGGCAGCAA